UAUGUAUAUAUAUAUAUAUUUAGUCGUUCCUUGGUACUUUAGAACACGCCCGACCUUGUUUCCACCCGGAAUUAAAUCAUGAUGCGCAGCUAUUUUGAAAUCGGCCGGCGGAAGUCCAUGUGCAGGAAAAUAAACUUAACAUGAAUCCGCUCACCAAAGUAAAGCUCAUCAAUGAACUGAAUGAAAAAGAAGCUCAUCUCGGCAUUAAGGACUCGGUGUCAUGGCAUUCAGAGUACAAGGACAGCGCUUGGAUUUUUAUCGGUGGAUUUCCGUACGAGCUGACAGAAGGAGACAUCAUCUGCGUUUUCUCACAGUACGGUGAGAUUGCCAACAUCAACCUGGUGAGGGAUAAGAAGACGGGGAAGUCGAAGGGGUUUUGCUUUCUGUGCUACGAGGAUCAAAGAAGUACGAUUCUGGCUGUGGAUAACUUUAAUGGCAUAAAGAUCAAAGGCAGGACGAUACGCGUGGAUCACGUGUCUAAUUACCGCCCACCCAAAGAUUCGGAGGACAUCGACGAUGUCACCAAACGGCUCCGGGAGGAAGGCUGUGCCCCCAAGGUGGCGCCGUCAUCCGAGUUGGAGCCGGAACUCCUUCCGUUAAAGAAACCAAAAAAGGACAAAAAAGAGAAGAAGAAAAAGAAGGAGAAAAAAGAAAAGAAAAAAGACUGGAAAGAGGAAAAGCGCGCGCAGAGAGACUCCGCCGCGAAGGUGAAGAAGGAAAAAGAGGAUGCCGGUUAUGAGAAAUACGUCCUGAAGGGGGCGCAUGAGUCCAGAGGCCAAGACACUAGAAGCUCAAGGGAAAGAACGGAGGAUCGAAGGAGAGGAGAAAGGGAGGAAAAGGAGGAGGAGGAAAGAAGAACUGGGAAGGGUCGAGACGAGCAGCGUCUACGUGAGGACAGAGAGAGAGGACGAGAAGGCGAAAGAGAUAGCGAGAGAGACAGAACGAAGGAGAGACACAGAGAAAGAGAUGGAGAAAAAGAACGAGACGGAGAUAGACACAGAGAGAAAUGGAGAGACCGGGAAUACAGACGCAACUAAAAUAAGGAUGCUGUUUAUUGUUGUUUUUUGUUCUUUCAGUCUCCACCCCCUUUGAGUGUUGUGAUGUCACAAUGUGUUUUAAAUAUUGAAGGUAAUUAAAGAUACUCACAGAC